UGGUUAUGGUGUUCAACAAAGAGCUUAUGAGAGUUAAAUGGUCAAAUUGUGGAGGUUAAUGGUAAAGUAUGUCCUCAGAAAUGUGCCACUCUUGUCCUUUGGAGGAACAAGAGUGGCACAUAUCAGAAUAUCCAACAGAAUCUCUCAAUUCUGUAACUAUUUUGUUGUGUUAAUUCAGUUUUGACAGCUAACCCAAAAAUGAAACACAAAACCCACCAUACUGUGUUGUAGGCCAUUUUAAAGCAGUGUAACACGAUCCUGUAGUCACAGUCUGAGCUGCUUCUCUGUGCAAAGUUCAGGCCGUCCUCUCAGAAUGUGACAACCCCCUUCAGCUAAAGAUUUGUAUCACCCUUUUAGUGGAAACAAAAUCAUGCAUCACAGAGGGAAAAUUUCCUUGAUGAGCAGCAAAUCUGCAUGCAGAGGUAUUUUGUGGUAGACUGUGACAGUGGUUUUGUGUGCAUGUCAGUCUACAGUUUGUACCUCCCUUGGAAGCUCAUCUGAAAUCUUAAUAGGGCAACAAAUCUAUUUUAAAACAAAUUUCAGCUACCGUCUUAUUAACUGAGUAAUGUUACAGAUCCUAAAGGCCUGCUCAAACCAGUCUGAGCUGAAUUUCGACCUUUGUGCUAAAGGAAAAUGCAGGCUCCCUUGUUAUUUUGUGCUGCCAUCUGGUGGCCUUUGAUCAAACCAAAUAGCUCUCACAUGCAUGAGUGAAGAAGAAGGCCAGCAGUCCCAGUAGUGGGUGUACAGAACUGAGACCAGACAUCAAAACAGACUUAACUAGACAGUCUUUCUUUUGUCUUUGUUUUCAAAUAAAGGGAAGACCUACAGGUUUGCACACUGCAAGAAAUGCUCAAUGACUCUAAUGCUGUUAAAAUAAAUCAGAUAUUGUGUCCUGUUUGUCUAAGAGAGAGACAAAGACAGAGAUGGAUUUUGUGUUUUCUUUAAGUCGGUGGAUUUGUGUAAUUAUUUUCACCGUCACUGAUCAAGUGACUGCUUAUCACUUUAUUGUCUCGUCAAGAUUUUUCCUUUUUCCUGUAGUCUGUGCUGCCCUUGGAAAAUUGUGUCUGCCCUGGCCCAUGCGUAAACGGAGAAAUGCUGCCUUCAUAGUUGUCGGACAUUUCUCAACUACCCUCAAAUGUAACUCUAACUGGUCAGAGAUGUUAACAUGGUCUGUGACACCAAAGCCUUGAAGAUGUGUCAACCUACUGUUCAACCUUAGACGCUCUGUCAAAAACAGUAAAGUAGAAUUGUAUUCUAUUUUGUUUAAAGUUUUAUGUAGACUACAGUACCAUUUUCAGUGUUUUGUUAUGUUUUGUUAGACAUCAUUGUUUUAAUGCUGAUAUAGGCACACCUGUAGCACGUGUCCUCCUCUAUAUUUUGCUGCAUUCAUAAAAAAAGAAUGGACCAUAGGACCUAAUAUCGAAGAAAAAUGCAGUGCAAUCAUAUGCCAUGAGCAAUUAUUCAACCUCCCGAGCAAGAUGAAGUUUAGUGCAAUACUACACAUCAUGUGUGUAUUACCAACAGGUCAUAUCCCUCAGUCACUCUUGUUAUUCUACUUUUGAGCUGCUAUAAAAAGUCAAUUUCCAACAUAGGCAUUAGGAAAUACGAGGCUGUCCUGAAGGCAACACAAGCCCACAUAAUGCUCCUCUUCAGCACCAGGAACAGUGGGCUAGCCUGCAGAGCUGUUCCUGAGGCGGAUAAUCCCUAUCUCUACACGAAGUCCUAAUGCAAUCAGGAAGGAGCUGCUGUAACUCACCUAAACGAAAACAGGUUUGGGGAGCAAAUGCGAGUCACGGCCUAGACGUCCACCGCUGCGAAAAGCUCGGACGGAGCACAGAGAUGGAUAUUUGCGCUUCACAUUUUCUUUAUUGUGUACAUAGCAAAAUCUGACGUUGUUAAGCCGCUUCUCUAUAAUGUGACAGCUGCUGUCACGUUUCAUCUAAGUUUGGAGAAAAUACUUACUGAAAAUCCAUCUGGAGUUUUAUUUUUUUAUUUAUAUAUAUAUAUAUAUUUUCUUUUCAACACAAUGGUUACAUUCAAUCUGGCUCUAACUUUUAUUAUUGCGGCUCUUUGGCGGGUCAGUGGCGAACCACAAACUAUUUCUGCGCCCGCGAUGCAGUUAAAUUCAACAACAGCAUCCAUCAUCAGCGAAGAUGAACUGACGAAUAAUGCCACAGAUGCUGCCGUGGGAUCCCGGAUUUCAUCUCUAAUGACGCAUCUUCCAACUCUGAAAAACAUUGUUAUUUUCAUCUGCGUGCUAACAGCUGCUCUCAUCUCAUGCCUGGUCAUCAAAGUGGUCAGAUCCGGGAGACGAAUCAGAAAAACACGAAAAUAUGAUAUUAUAACGACACCUGCAGAGCGCGUUGAGAUGGCCCCGCUUAAUGAAGAGAAUGAUGAUGAAGAUGACUCAACUCUCUUUGAUGUCAAAUACAGGUGAAUUUCAGUGUGGACAUCAAUAUUUGAUGACUCCUGUUUUGCCCGGGACAACUCAAGUGAUUUCUUUCUUUUUUUUUUUUUUUGUUGUCAAGUCUUACCAAAUCAGCAACUUCAUAUGCUGCCUGUGCAUGGCUUUUAUCUGUCUUUCAAGGAGUGGAGCCGCAUGGAUAUCAUUGUUUGCUGCUUUACUAAUGCUUCUGUCAUGUUGUCCAAAUAACCUGCCCAAUUCUUUCCAGUUUUAAAGAAGGUAUGACCCACCCGCAUACGAAUGCAGGGUUAAUCACACCUUUUUGUGAUUUACUAUGAAGAAUCUAGUUAUAUACACAGUAAUUGAUAUUUUUAACUAAACAUUAAUACCAAAUAUAUCUCUAUCUACUAACUACUUUCUUGUGCAUAUAUACUGUUGAAGGAUUUCUGCCAUUAUGUACGGAGUAAGCGUAUAUAUUUUUUUACUGUGUGUUGUUGAGACAUUCCUAUUUUGCUGCUAUCUCAGCUGAAAUUUUAAGUUUUCAAAUUUAAUUAGAAGCUCAAAGAAUAUCAUCAAUAUAUAUUUGUAAGGUGUUUAUGGAAUACAUCCAUAUGCUGUGAAUGUGAACGCUGUUGUAAUCAGGUGUGUUCAAUCAUGUGACGUUGUCAAAGUAUCUAACCCAGUGUCUUACCUAAUGAAUCAAAACAAUGUUAUAUCAUCAUAUAAUGUCAAGUUGCUCACAGUUAUCCUCAAAAUCUGGUAUCUCUUGUUUGAGAUAGUACAUGAAAAGCUAGUCCAGUAUUAUGUAAAAUCUCCCACAAUCAUGUCUAUUAAUGGUUCACUGACUGUUGUAAUGUUUAACUUUAAGGUCAUUUGUUUCCUGAAGAGUUGCCUCCUUGUGCCAUACGGACUCUGGUAGAGAGGGUCUCUGUUGCUUCAGUUGGGUGUAAUAUUUUUCAUAAAUGGGUCACAUCGUGUAAGCCAUUCUCAUCAAAUGUGAUUUUCCUGGGCUCUGGAUUUAUCAAAUGUACUAGUUUGGCUGCAGUGGAAGCUGGCUGAGCCAAAUCAGUACAAACACCAGCCAAGUAUCUCAGUACAUUAAGUAAAACCAAAGUAAAUAAGUAAAGGCAACAUUCAUAGGCUUUUACAGAGUUCGUACAACAUUGGCAUUGACCUUUGAUGGACAUAUUUUUUUAGAUUUGGCUGGAAAAUUGAGGUUAGUAUGAAAAAUGAACAAUAGUUGGUUUGUCAUGUUUGUUAUAUCUUUAAUUCAAAUACAAAAUUAUUAACCAAACGUCUGAUCAAAAUAAAGAGAGGAAUAGCA